AUGCGUUAUGAACACACCUCCUGUUUCUUUGUAUCCACAGUCAUGGAUAUCACAGAUAUCGCCCAUGGGAAAACCGAUGAUGACGAUAAGCAGUAUUUCAUCCCGUUUCAACAGAUCGCCAUGGAAACAUACAUCCGUCAGAGGCAGCUAAUCAUGUCUCCUCUCAUCCCGUCUCGUGUCAUUGGCGAAAACGAACCGCUCGUUGCCGUUUUCAACAAGGUCAUUGCGACGAGAGAGGUCAACCACAAAGGACAGGGUUUGUUUGUGACCCUAAAGCUGCUCCCUGGCGACGUGUUCCAGGUCCAGAAAGAUUACCCUCAUUUUGUGGAUCGCACAACAGCGGUAGUCAGGAAAAUGGGUUUCCCUGAAAUUAUCCUGCCAGGUUAUGUGAGGAACGACAUAUAUGUAACGCUGCUGCAAGGAGAAUUUGAUCGCGGCAAGAAAAAGACGCCUAAAAAUGUAGAAGUCAUGGUGAGCGUGUUGGAUGAAGAAGGAAACCCCAUGGAGAAAGCCAUCUUUCCUGGAGCUGGUUAUGAAGGGAUCACUGAAUACAAGUCUGUCAUCUACUAUCAAGUCAAGCAGCCGUGCUGGAAUGAGACGGUUAAGGUGGCCAUUCCUAUAGAAGACGUGUGUCGAUGUCACCUGAGGCUCACCUUCAGACACAGAUCAUCGCAAGAUUCCAGAGAUAAGUCUGAGAAGCCUUUUGGCAUGGCUUUUGUGCGCCUGAUGAAGUCAGAUGGCACCACACUUCCAGAUGGGAAACAUGAACUCAUUGUCUACAAGGUGGAUGUGAAGAAAGCUGAUGAUGCCAAGACUUACUUGUCGCUGCCCGGCACGUACACUGAAGUGGAAGAAAAAGAGAGACAGACAGGAAAAUCCUUCCAUCAUGGCGGCUCCGUUCCCGUCACCAAAGACAGCUUCCAGAUCGCAACCCUCACCUGCUCCACGAAGCUCACACAAAAUGUUGACCUUCUGGGCCUUCUCAACUGGAGAUCAAACACUGAGAGACUUGAAGAAAUUCUUCAGAAACUGAUGGAAGUGGAAGGAGGGGAGAUUAUUAAAUUCCUGCAGGACACACUGGACGCUCUCUUUAAUAUCAUGAUGGAGACCUCGGAGGAAGAAACAUAUGAUACGCUGGUUUUUAAUGCCUUGGUUUUCAUCAUCUCCCUGAUCGGUGACAUAAAGUUUCAGCAUUUCAACCCUGUCUUGGAGACCUACAUUAACAAACACUUCAGUGCUACUCUGGCAUACCAGAAGUUGACCAAAGUGUUGAAUUAUUUUGUGGGUCAUGCUGAAGACCUGACUCAUACAGAGCGACUCUACGCAGCCUUGAAAGCCUUCAAGUAUCUCUUCCGUUUCAUUGUGCAGUCUCGGGUCCUCCAUUUGAGGUUUUAUGGGAAAAGUGAAGAUGGAGGGCAGUUUCAAGACUCCAUUCGGACCUUAUUUCUUUCUAUCAGCAUUCUGAUGGACAGACCCCUGGAUGAAGGAGUUAAGAUAAAGGCAGCAAUCUUGAAAUAUCUUCCGACCAUCAUCAAUGAUUUGCAGAAGGUCUUUGACGCUGUAGAGCUCAGUGUCCAGCUGUCAAAGUUCAUCGAGAGUAUUCCAGAUUUUCAGAUGGUCAGACAGAAACUGGGCUGUCUGGUGAAAAUUGUCGAGAGUAACCUUUUCAAACAACCAGACUGCAGAGAUGUUUUGUUGCCCCUGAUCACAGAUCAGCUGAGCGGUCAACUGGACGACAACUCUAACAAACCUGAUCUGGAGGCGUGUGUACAGCUGCUUAGCACGGUACUAGACAUGCUGGACUGUAAAAACGUGGGUCCCACAUCCGGUCAUGUGAAGUUAAUCGUGGACCGUCUCUUGCGGAGGGUCAAUCGUACGGUCAUCAACCUGAGCUUGGACUCUCCCUACAUAGGCCACUACCUGGCUUGCAUGACCGCCAUCCUGAAACAAAUGGAAGACGCGCAUUACGCACAAUACAUCAACACCUUCAAAACCAGACAGGACGUUAUCGAUUUUCUUAUGGAGACUUUCAUCAUGUUCAAAAACCUGAUGGGUAACGUGUUUCCGUCAGACUGGAUGAUCAUGAAUCUCCUGCAAAUGAAAGUCUUUCUGCGGGCGAUAGACCAGUACUCUGAGGUGCUCAAUAAGGGCUUCCUGGACUAUACCAGCUUCCACUUACAGCUUUGGAACAACUACUUUCACCUAAUUGUUGCCUUCCUCACCCACAAGUCCCUGCAGCUGGAGUCCUUCUCGCCUGAGAAACGCGACAAGAUCCUCAACAAGUACGGGGACAUGCGGAAAAGCAUCGGCUUCAAGCUGAGAGAUAUGUGGUACAAUCUUGGCCCACAGAAGAUGAAGUUCAUCCCAGCGAUGGUGGGGCCGAUUCUGGAAGCCACGCUUGUUCCCGAGCCGGAGCUGAGGAAAGCCACCAUCCCUAUUUUCUUUGACAUGAUGCAAUGCGAACAUCAUUUCACCACCAAUCAUACGUUCCAAAAGUUCGAGAAUGAGCUGAUCACCAAACUGGAUCAGGAGGUUGAAGGAGGCCAGGGCGAUGAGCAAUACAAGAUUUUGCUGGAGAAAACGCUGUUGGAGCACUGUCGCCGUCAUCGGUAUCUGUCUCAGCCCGGCGAAGCGUUGGCUCUACUUUUGAGCAGUCUCCUGGAGAACCUGCUGGCCUACCGAACCAUCACCCAUGAUGAGAGCCCGGAACUCCGCAUGAGCUGCACCGUCAACCUGCUGAACUUUUACAAAGAAAAGAAGAGGGAGGACAUUUAUAUCCGGUAUUUGUACAAGUUACGAGAUCUACAUCUGGUUUGUGAAAACUACACAGAGGCUGCUUACACACUGCUGCUGCACGCUGAACUGCUGGAGUGGUCAGAAAAGCCGUGCUCACCUCACCUCAUCCCAAGAGACGCAGCUCAGGUCUGGACGCAACAAGAGCUGAAGGAGAGGCUUUUUCAGGAGAUCAUGUGCAAUCUGGACAAGGGCAAAAUGUGGGAAAAGGCUAUCGAGAUGGCCAAACAGCUUGUUAAACUUCACGAAAACCAAAUGUUUGACUUUAUCGAGCUUGGUCAGCUGCUGAAACAGCAGGCGCAGUAUUACGAGAACAUCAUGCACGCCAUGAGACCCCAGCCUGAAUAUUUCGCAGUGGGAUACUACGGUCAGGGCUUCCCGUCUUUCCUGAGGAACAAAAUGUUUAUUUACCGUGGUAAAGAGUAUGAGUGGCUGGAGGACUUCAGUCUGAAGCUGUUGUCUCAGUUUCCCAAUGCGGUGAAGAUGACCAGCACAUCGCCACCUGCUGAAAGCAUAUGCAGCUCAUCCGGACAGCAUAUUCAGUGUUUUACCGUGAAGCCAGUCCUAAACUUACCUUCCCAGUUCAAGGACAAGGGACUGCCUGAACAAAUACUCAAUUACUACAGGACAAAUGAGGUGGACAAGUUUCAGUAUUCCAGACCGUUCAGGAAAGGAGAGAAAGAUCCCGACAAUGAGUUUGCCACCAUGUGGAUCGAAAGGACCACCUUUAUUACGGCGUACCGCUUUCCAGGAAUCCUCAAGUGGUUUGAAGUGAAAUCCAUGUCUGUGGAAGAGAUCAGCCCUUUGGACAACGCCAUAGAAACCAUGGAGCUGGCCAAUGAGAAGCUGAGUAAUCUGGUCCAGCAGCAGGCAUGUGACCGCUCGCGCCCUGUUCACCCGCUCUCAAUGAUGCUCAAUGGAAUAGUGGACCCGGCUGUUAUGGGUGGCUUCUCCAACUAUGAGAAGGCGUUCUUCACAGAGGCCUACAUGAAGAAGAAUCCUGACCACCUGGAACGCAUUGAAGUUUUAAAACACCUGAUCGCUCUGCAGAUCCCACUGCUUGAUGAGGGGAUUCGGAUCCAUGGAGAGAAAUCUACAGAGCAGCUCAAACCACUUCACAACAGAAUCGUCACCUGCUUCCAGGACCUGCGUGCCAAAGUGGAGAAACUCUACGGCGUCAUUACUCUGCCCUGCUCUCUGACAGAGAAGAAAAAGAGUCGUGUCGGUUCAGUGGUGAUGCCGUAUAUCAUGUCGUCCACACUCAGACGGAUGUCCACCAUCUCAAACGCCUCCUCUGGUCACUCCAGCGGCUCCGGAUCCUCAGACGGGAACUCCUCUAGACCUGCAUCCCAGGAUUCGCUGCUCUCCCGGGUGAGCGACAACAGGGUUUCGGUUCUGUCCCGCUCGGAGGAAGAUAAUCGGAUAAGUAAGAAGAACAGGAAGGAGUGGAGUGUGAGCAAGUCUCAGGUCUUACUGGAGCGACCCGCUGACACAGACGAGAUUCCCCCAGAGAAGCAGCCGAGGCCUAAAAGUCUGACGAUAGGAGACCGGAGACUCACGCUGUCACUGUUUCAUGGAGAAUCAUCCAAUCUGAGUUUACACAACCCACUCAGCCCUCUGCCUGCCUCGCCACACACACCACGCAGCUCCAGUUACACAUGUCUCCCAAGCGAGAGUAACUUCAGCACACCUGACUUCACCAACACCCCUCCACCGAUGCCACCCAAAAGACAUCCACACGAGACCGACAGCAUCUACAACUCCACCUAUGACUUCAUGCCUCCUUUGCCAGCAAAAGUUGAAAACAAACCUCCACCCCCUCCACCCAAAACACGCAAGUCUAUGUUUCCCACCUAUGAGAGCAAUCAGCAGUAAAAACACGCCUGCGGUAUCAAAUAACUGCAUGCUGUGAGGCUGGAGGAAAACUUCUCAACAGUACUUGUUCCUCUUUUAGAAAGUUCUGAAUUAUCCGAUUAAAAAUGAUAUUGUUCAUUUUUUGUAGCAUCAUGGAAAAACAUUAUUUUUUAACAUUUGGAAAUGAAACUCUGGUAUGUAUUUAUGCAUCACCGCUGGGCAGGAACGUGAGCGAAAGGGUAGUCUGGCUGGUUAGUAUGCUGAAUCUUAAAUUCAGCCUCUCGUUCUUAAGUGUAUCCGUGCCUUAUAAAUAGACAGAUUUCAAAUUAUUGAAGUUGUUCUUCCUCCGUGCACAUAUUCACUUUGCACAUUGCUCAAAAUUGUUGAGUUGCUUGUUGUUCAAAUAGUAACUUUCUUGUUUUUUAUCAAAGAGCUACAUUUGUAUUGAAAACCCCAAACAUUUAAAGGGAUAGUUCACUAAAAAUAGUUCACUGGGAUAGUUCAUGGGAUAGUUCACUGUUGCAAUAGGGUUAAGGUUAGGUUAGGUUUAGGCCAUUUUUUGUACAACUAUAGGAUAUUUUUAAUUGCUCAAAGUAUGCUGAUAUACAUUCAUAGUGAAUAGAAACAAGUAUAAACCUUUAAAAAAAAAAGAAUAAAAAAGGAGUUCUGAAGGCAUUUAGCUGGGUUUGGUGCCAAACACACUGUAAUAUAAGGGAUUUUAGCAAAACAUUUGGCGCUUGGUACUUUGGUGCUUAGCAUAUUCAUGAGACUUAUUAGCACCACAGUUCACUUUAAGUUUAAUUGCAUCCAAAAUAAAAGUUUGUUAAGACAAUACGUUU